UCAAGCAAGACAGGGCAUGCGCCUAGGUGCUCUAUCUAGUGAUUUCAGUCUGUAAUAUUGUGUUAAUACGAGAUAUAAUAAUAAUAAUAUAUUGUUUUCGGCGAGCACAAACAUUUUGAUACACUGAAUUGUAUCGCGCACCUGCAGGAUGAGGGCCUUUUUGAGAGGUCACGAUGGGAGUGACCACCAGAUUCUCUCCAAGCUAACGACCGUGGGUUGUGAAGGAUGCGAUCUCGUUAUCAAGACUGCUGGUGUUGACAUGCAGCAUGCAGUAAUUGAAUACAAUGACCAAGAGAAUGUAUAUGUUUUGAAAGAUUUGAAUACUGCGCAGGGAACAUAUGUUAAUGACUGCCGCGUUCAAAAUGCCGCAAUAAGAAUGGCACCAGGAGACCAAAUAAAGUUUGGUUACAUGGGAAUGCCCUAUGAAUUUUUAGUGGAUAAUCAACCAAGUGUAUCCUGUCCACCUGUGCACUCCCAGCAGACCUGGAACCAACCCUUGACCCUCCUCCAGGAGGUGACCAAUGAACAAUCUAUGCUAGGUCCGCCCCAGCAGAUGAACUACUCUACAACACAGGGACAAAUCUUCAACCAGUCUUCAACUCUGCCAUUCCUACAGACAGGCACUGCCUGCAUCACCAUUCCUUCCACUGUGUGGACACCCUCGGACCGCAAUAACCUUCCCCGCCCCCCAAUAUCCAUGAGGGGGAGACCCCUGAGUGCGGGCUCAGCCCGCAGAGUUCAGACCAUGGGGGCACCCCCUAUACCCUCACCUGCUCCAUCCAUGCAACAAAGUGUAAGAAAUGGUUGGGUGAAUGGAAUGGCUGGUAGGCAACAAGUUAACCAGAAUGUAGACAUCAACAAGGUGCAGGAAAAGGAACAAAAAAUAAUGCAGCUGAAUGAGGAGGUGGGUAGAUUGAGAGAUGUAGAAAUGGAGUCCUUCCGUAAAGACGCCUACAUUCAGACUCUACAACAGCUGGUCAAUGACCUAAAAACCAAGUUUGCCGAGCAGCAGCCAUUGAUAAUGGGACAAGACGUAAACCUCACUCAGAAAAUCUGUCAGCUAGAGAAUGAAGUCACGUCUAAAGAGCAGGAGCUGAGUGCAGUCAAAGAACAGCUGAGUCGGUUACAGCUUCACCAGCCGGUUUCUCCGGUGUCGGUUUUCGAUACAGAGAGUAAGGAGACCAAUCAGCUGAAGAUCGAGUUGGAGAGAGCCAAGAAAGAAAAGAACAUCACAUCGGGACUCGUCACUCAGAUGCAGAAAGAUAUGUCUAAUAAGGAUACAACUAUUAGUAAACUCACACGAGAGAUUGAGACUCUGAGAAAAGAAGUGAGAGAACGAGACAUACAAAUUUCUUCUGUUUCAAACAAGCUUUCAAAGUCAAAAGACACACCACUGAGAUCAUCAGAGGAUAGGGAUGCACGUGAGAAGGAAAUUAUGAGCCUAAGACAGGACUUAGAUUAUUUUGAGAAAUACAAAACUGCUGAGAAUAAAAUGCAAGAGCAGGAGGAGCUUAUCAACACCCUGAAACAGGAACUUGAGAAGUCCAAGGUCAGCAUCUUUGAUGAGAAGAGUCAGCAGAAAAAACUCGAGACACAGAUUGAUCAACUCAAGUCAGAGCUGUCUGAUGUCCAGAGGACCGAGCGAGUGGUCAGGAUCGACCUGGAACAAGCCACCAAGAGGCUUGAAAGAUUCAGGAACAGAGUGGUCCAGGCUGCCUACUCCUCGGGCUCCACAAAGGCCCCAGAAGGGGAGAUCACUGAUGACCAGCUUGUGGACACACUGAAGAAACUGGCUGAGGAGAGGACGGAGUUCCACAAUAAGGUCAAGGACAUGGAGAAACAGCUCAAACUGACGGACAGCAGCAGUAACGUGUUCAAGCGCAACAUCACCAAACUACGCACCGACCUCGAGAAAUCUAUCGAGAACCUGAAGACCAAUGGUUUCCUGGUGAGCAGCCUGAAGCACGAGAUGGAGCUGUUACAGUCCGUAACCGGGGAGGAGUCGAUCCUGUGGAUGAGGGACUGCCUCGUACAGCUACUGACAAACGUCUCCGCCUGGGAGAAGGAGAUAGAGACUUCUCUACAGACCUGUGGAAUCAACAUCAACCUCUCUAAUGAUGGACCUGGAAAACACAUUGUGAGUAUGCAUUCCAAGUUACAAGUCCUGCAAAAAGAGAAAGAGAAUUUAGAGACCAAGUUAGCUAAUACAGAGAAAGAGUUCAAGUCAGAGCUAGAGAUGAAGAUCAAAGUGAUGAAGGAGGAAAAUGAGAACCUUGUGAAAGACGCAAUAGAAAAAACAAGGGCAGAAGGUGAGGAGACUUUGAACAAGGCAAUAGAGGAGCUGAAAUUUGUGGAAUCAGAAAAGAGAGAAAAUGCAAUAGCAGGAGAGCAGAAAAAGAUUGAAGAGCUGCAAGUUACCAUUGACCAGCUAAGAGUGAACCUACAAGAGAGGCAGAGAGAGUUUGAGGAGAAGUUACAGGAGGCCUCCUCCACUAUCCACCAGAUCGACGAAUACAAGGCCAUCCAGGAGGAACUGGAGGCCAGGAUCAAGGCCCUGGAGACGGAGAAACUGGAGCUGAGCACCCAGCUGUCCUCCGAGGCUCAAGACAGGGACAAGAAGUACGAGCAGGACAUUGAGGCCUACAAGGAGCAGAACAAACAGCAUUCAGUCACUAUCUGUGCCAUGGAAGAGAGGUUGAUCAAGCUCAUGAAGAAGAACAAGGAUUACCAGGAGGAAAUUACAGUGCUGAAGAAAACUAUUCAAGAAAUGAAGACAGAGAUGAUACAACUGAAGGACAAGGCAGCUGCCGCUGCCCACACCAAGCCUGCCCCGCCCCCCAAACCAAAGGUCAUAGUUCAGAAGCCAUCACAGGACUAUGUAGCAAUGGAGCAGUUAGUGGUGGUGUUGAGGAAAGAAAACAGUGAUUUGAAGAACACCAUCCAGAGUCGGGACGAUGUGAUCCUGGGUCUAAGGAGGGACCUUGCUGGUGCUCAUGCCAGACUGUCCGAUAUCACAGGUGAACUAAGUGAGAGUCAGAAGCAGGAGAUGGAGAAACACAAGGAGAAGCUUGUCCAGCGGGAGAGAGAGAUUGAAGGACUGAGGCUGCAGAUGGCCAAGUUAUCCAAAAUCAUCGACAAACAGAAAGAUGAAAUCAAAAGCUUACAGAAACAGCUCAGUGAGGAGAAGGCCAUUUCAAUCAAGUUCCAGUCCAACAUGGAUGAGAAGAACCGACGAAUCAAAGAACUGGAGCUGGAGGUGGAGAAUGAGAGAAUGGAGCAGAAGAAACAGCUAGAUCUCCUGGAUCAGGAGGGUAGAAUAACCUCUGAGCUGACGGCUCUUGGUGCUCAGUGUCGUGGGGAGAGACAUGAACAGGUCAUCACCCGUCAAAGAGAGGCUCUGGCUGAACUACGCCUCAGGUGUAAAAAUCUAGAACAGGCCAAACCACCUCUGCCAACUCAGGACCAAGCUUUACAACAAGUGAUCAUGCUGAAGAAGGAGCUGGCUGAGAUCAAAGCCAAUCAGGCUCUGUCUGAGAACAGCGAAUUGUCCUCGGGACUCGAGAGGGAAGUCUCCAGGGCCAGAGGCAUGCUGGGAUCUGUCAAUGCAGAGGCAGACAUGGAAAGGAGUGCCCACCGAGAAACUAUGGACGCCCUAGAUGCCAGUGAAAGCUCAUACAUUACAUUGCUGAGAGCAAUGGCUAGCUGCCUCGAGAUGGAAUCUGUGGAUGGGCUUCGUCCCAUUGGCCAUAUUCCAAAGGAUGAGCGAGAGAGGCUAUUGGUCGAGAGAGAGAACACCUGUCAGAUCCUGGCCAAUAGAAUCAAGGUCCUACUGGAGAGAAUUGCCCGGAAGGAGGAGCUGCUCCAGGGAUACGAGAGAGACCUGGCCAAACUCAGACAAGCUCAAGAAUUGGCAAAUAGAAACUCAACACAAGUUGAAAAUCUUGCUAAUGAUGUGAAGAGUAGAACAGAGGAAACUCAGUAUCUACGAGAAUCUCUUAGUCGAACUCGAGACCGUCUCGAUCAGGAGAAGAGACUCAACAAAGCAAUUAAACAACGCAAGACUUUCCACUUGGAGAAUGAAAGACUUCACCAGCAACAAGUUCCCGCCUCCCACCAUUGUAAGGAGGAAGAUAUCUUUGGAAAGAGUUCAGCGAGGAGGAAAGCAAGUAAGGACUCUCUUCGAAGGAAGAACUACGAGAUAAGCACACUGAAAAAGGAACUCUGCAGCAAAGAGCAGUCCCUGUAUGACACAGAGAAUAGGCUUUACAUGAUAGAGAACACUGUUGGGAUGGAAAGAAAAAGAGAGCAAGAAAUAAUUGAAUCAUAGUGAUUAACAAAUUUAUUUAAUUACAAUUGGCAAUUCCAUACCCCAGAGGUGCAUUUCCCAAAAUAUUAGGAAUUUGGUACUAGUGCGAUAGUGCUUGCAUUACCGGUAGUUAACAAUUGACCAUAUUAUGGUCAUUAAUUUAGCAUGCAUGACGUUCGACAUUUUGACCAAUUGAUAGACUUGAAUGUCUUGAGCAUAAUAGUUGUAUCUAUGCUUUUCUUUGGGUUAAUUAAACUUCAAUAAAUACAAUGUAAUAUGAUAAUAUAUGAAUUUGAUAUUGUUAAUUGAAUUAGAAAACAAAGUUAAGAUUGAUUUUUAAUGAAAGAUAUUGUAUACUAAAGGGAGUAUUUUAAUUGACCAGUAUAUUUAAAGUUUUUUUAAAUCUAAGAUGUACAUAUAUGUAUUUCUUAUUGUAUAAGCUAAGAGCAUAGAGGCCAAAUUCAAGAUUAGUAACUUUUAAAUUGCAACUGGUUCAUAAAGCUAGUCCUUAAAUAUUUAACAAAAAUAUGAAGUUUUGUAUGUGUGAGAAAUGUACGAAAUGGAUGUUUUUAUCAUACAAAGCACACCUGUGAUAUUGUAUCUAUAAAUAGACUGGAGAAAUCCUUGAUAUGUAACUGGGUUAAGGUAUGCUUCUGUAGUGAUAUCUCUACCUAGUGUUUUCUCUUUUUAGUGGAGAUUUUUAUACUGUUUUCAUACAUGUAUUCAUAUGUUAAACUUAUU